AUGUCGGGAUACCCAGCCGGUGGUGCCGGUGCCGGUGGCCACCAGGAUUACGACGAUGGUUACGGCCAGCACGGCCGCGGCCAGGGAAACGGUACCCAACAGACCGAUUCCUACUACCAGGAUGAUCAGCAGUAUUACGAUCAAAACGGUUACGACACCCACGGCCAACCUCCCCAGGGCGGCGAUGGCUACUAUGACGAAUCUGGCUAUUACAAUGCCGACCCAAACAGUGCCUAUCACCAGGACGGCGGCUACUACGACAACAAUGAGCAGUAUCAGGAUGAGUACUACAACAACGGCAACAAUGGCAAUGGGUAUUAUGACCAAGACUACAAUCAGGGCUAUGCUGGUGCACCUCGCCGACAAGGUUCCGAGGAGGAUUCCGAGACUUUCAGCGAUUUCACCAUGAGGUCCGAUAUGGCUCGAGCUACUGACAUGGACUACUACGGCCGUGGCGAUGAGCGUUAUAACAGCUACGACCAGGGUGGUGCUCGUGGUUUCAGGCCCCCUUCUUCUCAGAUCUCGUACGGCGGUAACCGUUCUUCCGGUGCUUCAACCCCCAACUAUGGCAUGGACUACGCCAACAUGAUGUCGGCCGCCUCUCGUGAGCCUUAUCCUGCGUGGACCUCGGAUGCUCAGAUUCCUCUCUCCAAGGAGGAAAUUGAGGACAUUUUCCUCGACCUCUGCGCCAAAUUUGGUUUUCAGCGGGACAGCAUGCGCAACAUGUACGACCACUUCAUGAUCUUGCUGGAUUCGAGGGCUUCGCGCAUGACUCCUAACCAGGCUCUGCUGUCUCUCCAUGCAGACUACAUUGGUGGCGACAACGCCAACUACCGCAAGUGGUACUUUGCUGCCCAUCUGGACUUGGACGACGCUGUCGGAUUUGCCAAUAUGAAGGGCAAAGGUCUGCGGCGCAAGGCCAAGAACAAGAAGAAGAGUAAGGGCGAAGCCGACAAUGAGGCCGAUGCGCUCGAGGAUCUCGAAGGUGACAACAGUCUCGAGGCUGCUGAAUACCGCUGGAAGACUCGCAUGAACCGCAUGUCCCAGCAUGAUCGUGUCCGUCAGCUUGCGCUGUAUCUUCUCUGCUGGGGUGAAGCCAAUCAGGUUCGCUUUAUGCCGGAAUGCUUGUGCUUCAUCUUCAAAUGCGCCGACGACUACCUCAACUCACCUGCUUGCCAAAACAUGGUUGAGCCGGUCGAAGAGUUCACUUUCCUCAACAACGUCAUUACCCCGAUCUACCAGUUCUGUAGAAAUCAGGGCUACGAAAUCUCCGACGGUGUUUAUGUUCGCCGGGAACGCGACCACGACAAGGUCAUCGGUUACGACGACUGUAAUCAGCUCUUCUGGUAUCCCGAAGGAAUCGAGAAGAUCGUCCUCGAGGACAAGUCGAAGUUGGUUGACGUUCCUCCCGCUGAGCGCUAUCUCAAGUUCAAAGAUAUCAACUGGAAGAAGUGUUUCUUCAAGACUUACAAGGAGACUCGGUCGUGGUUUCACAUGCUGGUGAACUUCAACCGUAUCUGGAUCAUUCACUUGACCAUGUUCUGGUUCUACACCUCGGCCAACGCCCCCAGUGUUAUCCUCGGUUCCAAGUACGAGCAGCAGGCCAACAACCAGCCGACAAAAGCGCAGCAGUUCUCCAUCGUCGGUUUUGGUGGUACCAUCGCCGCACUCAUUCAGGUUUUGGCAACUUUGGCCGAGUGGGCGUACGUCCCGCGCAAGUGGGCAGGCGCACAACACUUGACCAAACGCAUGUUGUUCUUGAUCCUGAUCCUGGUCAUCAACGUUGCGCCUUUCGUCUACGUUUUCGUCCUCCCCAAUCCGAACGAGAAGAUUGCCGAGAUUUUGGCCAUUGUUGAGUUCGUUAUUGCACUUAUCACCUUCCUCUUUUAUUCGAUCAUGCCCCUUGGCGGUCUCUUCGGAAGCUACCUUACCAAGAACUCGCGCAAGUACGUUGCCAGCCAGACGUUCACGGCCAGCUACCCCCGUCUCAAGGGCAACGACAUGGCCAUGUCCUACGGUCUCUGGGUUGCCGUUUUCGGUGCCAAGUUCGGAGAGUCAUACGUGUACCUCACUCUGUCCUUCAGGGAUCCCAUCCGGUACCUCUCGAUCAUGCAGAUCGAUUGUAUGGGCGACAAGAUUAUUGGCAACAUACUCUGCAAAAACCAGCAUUAUGUUCUGCUAGCCUUGAUGACCUUCACAGACUUGAUCUUCUUCUUCCUUGAUACGUAUCUGUGGUACGUUCUGAUCAACGCCCUCUUCUCCAUCGCCAGAUCGUUCUACAUCGGUUCCUCCAUCAUGACACCCUGGAGGAACGUCUUUUCACGCCUUCCGAAACGUAUCUACUCCAAGAUUCUCGCUACUGGCGACAUGGAAAUCAAGUACAAGCCGAAGGUACUGAUUUCGCAAGUCUGGAACGCUAUCGUCAUUUCCAUGUACAGAGAGCACCUGUUGGCCAUCGAUCACGUCCAAAAGCUUCUCUAUCACCAGGUCCCUUCGGAGCAAGAAGGCAAGAGAACCCUGAGAGCACCUACCUUCUUCGUCUCCCAGGAAGAUCACUCAUUCAAGACCGAGUUCUUCCCCACGAACAGCGAGGCUGAACGACGCCUGUCCUUCUUUGCUCAGUCACUGUCCACUCCUAUUCCGGAGCCUGUCCCAGUUGACAAUAUGCCUACUUUCACUGUUCUCAUCCCGCACUAUAGUGAGAAAAUCCUCCUGUCGUUGCGUGAGAUCAUCCGCGAGGAUGAGCCUUACUCCCGUGUUACCCUCCUGGAGUACCUCAAGCAACUUCACCCUCACGAGUGGGACUGCUUCGUCAAGGACACGAAGAUCCUGGCGGAUGAGACAUCUCAGUUCAACGGCGACAGCGAAAAGAACGAGAAGGAUACAGUCAAGAGCAAGAUCGACGACCUUCCUUUCUACUGCAUUGGGUUCAAAUCCUCUGCCCCAGAGUACACCCUACGGACGCGUAUUUGGGCCUCUCUGCGUUUCCAGACCCUUUACCGCACGAUUUCUGGUUUCAUGAAUUAUAGCAGAGCCAUCAAGCUUUUGUAUCGUGUGGAGAACCCAGAGGUCGUCCAGAUGUUCGGCGGCAACUCUGACAAACUAGAGCGUGAGCUCGAGCGCAUGGCCCGUCGCAAGUUCAAGCUUUGUGUGUCAAUGCAGCGUUAUGCCAAGUUCAAAAAGGAGGAGAUGGAGAACGCCGAGUUCUUGCUUCGCGCCUACCCCGACCUCCAGAUCGCUUACCUCGACGAAGAGCCCCCCUUGGCUGAAGGUGAAGAACCUCGCCUGUACUCUGCGCUCAUCGACGGUCACUCGGAAAUUAUGGAGAAUGGCAUGCGCAAGCCGAAAUUCCGUAUUCAGCUCUCCGGCAACCCGAUUUUGGGAGACGGCAAAUCCGACAACCAGAACCAUUCGAUCAUCUUCUACCGUGGCGAAUAUAUCCAGCUUAUCGACGCCAACCAGGAUAACUACCUAGAGGAAUGCCUCAAGAUCAGAUCUGUUCUGGCCGAGUUUGAGGAGAUGAAGACUGAUAACGUCAGCCCCUACACGCCUGGAGUCAAGAACAAGAUGGUCAACCCCGUUGCCAUCCUGGGUGCUCGCGAGUACAUUUUCUCCGAGAACAUCGGUAUUCUAGGUGACGUGGCCGCCGGCAAGGAACAGACGUUCGGUACUCUCUUCGCUCGUACUCUAUCCCAGAUUGGAGGAAAGCUGCACUACGGUCACCCCGAUUUCCUCAACGGUAUCUUCAUGACUACUCGCGGUGGUGUAUCAAAGGCUCAGAAGGGCUUGCACCUUAACGAAGAUAUUUAUGCUGGUAUGAACGCCCUGUUGCGUGGUGGCAGAAUUAAGCACUGCGAGUACUACCAGUGCGGUAAAGGUCGUGAUUUGGGUUUCGGCUCCAUUCUGAACUUUACCACCAAGAUCGGCACCGGUAUGGGUGAGCAGAUGCUUUCCCGCGAGUACUAUUACCUGGGAACUCAGCUUCCUCUGGAUCGAUUCCUCUCUUUCUACUACGCCCAUCCUGGCUUUCACCUUAACAACAUGUUCAUCAUGUUGUCAGUCCAGAUGUUCAUGAUCUGUCUCCUCAGCUUGGGCGCCCUUCGACACGAGACCAAGGCAUGCAAUUACAACCGCGACGUCCCCAUCACCGAUCCUCUCUUCCCCACCGGCUGCCAGAACACGGAUGCGCUCAUGGACUGGGUGUACCGCUGCAUCUUAUCCAUUAUCUUUGUGUUGCUGUUGGCCUUCGUCCCCUUGGUGGUCCAGGAAUUGACCGAGAGGGGCAUCUGGCGUGCCGCCAAGCGUCUCGGCAAGCAGUUCGGGUCUCUUUCACCGUUCUUCGAGGUCUUCGUUUGCCAGAUUUACGCCAAUUCGGUACAACAGGAUCUCUCGUUUGGCGGUGCCCGGUACAUUGGUACCGGUCGUGGUUUUGCGACCGCUCGCAUUCCCUUCGGCGUCUUGUACUCCCGUUUCGCCGGUCCUUCGAUUUAUUUUGGUUCGCGCCUGCUGAUGAUGCUUCUUUUUGCCACCGUUACCAUCUGGCAAGGUGCCCUCGUGUACUUCUGGAUCUCUCUCCUGGCUCUGGUCAUUUCGCCGUUCUUGUACAACCCACACCAGUUCGCUUGGAGCGAUUUUUUUAUCGACUACCGCGACUAUCUCCGAUGGCUCUCUCGCGGCAAUUCUCGCUCUCACGCUUCCUCCUGGAUCGCGUUCUGCCGUCUGUCUCGAACUCGUAUUACAGGUUACAAGCGCAAGGCCCUCGGUGACCCAUCGGCCAAGAUGUCAUCUGACGUACCGCGUGCGGCCAUCACCAACAUGUUUUGGGGCGAGAUUCUCACUCCUCUGCUCCUCGUUGCUACUACCGUCAUCCCAUACCUCUUCAUCAACGCCCAGACUGGUGUUGAAGGAGCGAACAACAGUGACAUCUCGGAACCGCCUAAGCCAACCAACUCCUUGAUCAGAGUCGGAGUCGUAGCGCUCGCCCCUAUCGCAAUCAACGCCGGUUUGCUAAUGGUAAUGUUCUUCAUGGCCUGCUUCAUGGGACCCCUCCUCAGCAUGUGCUGCAAAAAGUUUGGCAGCGUGCUUGCGGCGAUCGCUCAUGGUGUUGCUGUCAUUAUGCUGCUUGUCUUCUUCGAGGUUAUGUUCCUGCUUGAGUCGUUCGAGUUCGCGAGGACAUUGCUCGGUAUGAUUGCUGUAGUUGCCAUCCAGCGCUUCGUCUUCAAACUGAUCAUCUCACUCACCCUCACACGUGAGAUUAAGACGGACGCGGCCAACAUUGCAUUCUGGACGGGCAAGUGGUACUCUAUGGGAUGGCACUCGAUCUCGCAACCCGCUCGCGAGUUCCUCUGCAAGAUUACGGAGCUGAGCAUGUUUGCGGCUGACUUCAUCUUGGGUCACUUUUUGCUCUUUAUCAUGCUACCGGUCAUUCUCAUUCCCAAGAUUGACAUGCUGCAUUCCAUGAUGCUCUUCUGGCUGCGCCCUGGUCGUCAAAUCCGCCCGCCCAUCUACUCGAUGAAGCAGUCCAAGCUGAGGCGCAAGCGCGUAUUCCGUUACGCCAUCCUCUACUUCCUCAUGUUCAUCCUCUUCAUGGCCCUCAUGAUUGGGCCCGCUGUUGUCGGUGGCAUGAUUCCUAUGGACACUUUCAAGAUGUUGAACACGGCGGAUCUGGCUCUCAUUCAACCCACUAUUUACAACAACGACAACACGCAUGAAUCAUCGGCAACGGGUACCGGAAGACCAGACUACUCUGGAGCCUAUCUUACGAUGACUGGGAGCGCCUCCGCAUCGGCGACGAGCAACUCGGAGAGAGUGCGCUUGUUUUAA